AUGUUAAGACCGGUUGCUCUGUCGGUGAUCCCGUCCUGCCGCGAAGCCAUAUCCUGGUCGGCAGAGGGUGAAAUUGCAAUUGCGGCUGGCGAAUACUUCCAAAUUCUGACGCCGUCAUUUGCUCGAGCUAACACUGCACUCGGCUCAGAGCCAGACUGGAAUGUGACUCGUGUGCGAGCUAAUCUAUUCACAAAUGCUGAAUGGCCCGCUUUCCUUCCUGGAGAUCGAGAUCAGUUCUCAAUCGCGGGAGAACAGUCUCCAGCCAACAUCAUUGCCUUGGCUUGGUCACCAGCAGGACUUGGCAAAUACCGACGCAGCGUGCUUUUAGUACUGACCUCGAACCUGGUGCUAUCCAUUUGGGAGCCUCUCGGCCUGAAACAGCAAUGGACUCGAGUUGGGGUUGUCAAUCAUGCAUUCUGGCCUCAGCCUGAACAUUCCCAGGACCCGACUGCGCACGGGUUCCAAAAGACAAAUAUUCGAUCUUUCACCUGGUGUGAUUCCCCCAAGGCUUCGACUUUGAGGUCCGAAGGCUCUACACUUCCAGCGCUUGAAACGCGCUGGGGAGCCUCUCUACUGGCAGUCGCAAAUGAUUUUAAUGAGAUCAGCUUGAUACAACUCCGUAGAUCACCCCCAACCGAUGGCUCCUCUCGGCAUUAUGAGCUGCACGUCUUGGCCACUCACUCCCUCGAUGACCAGGAACGACCCAAUAGCCUGCUAUGUCCUGGUUCUCUCUUUGAGAAAGCCAUGAGGGAGAGACAACGAACCACCUCGCUAUCUUGUGGCCCAUGGCUGGUUUCGGAUCACGAGACCCCCGGGAACUCUGAACGAAAUGUUGCAAUGAUAGCUGCUGUCUGUGGAACGCAGCUUCGGCUUGUGAAGAUUGAUCUCUUUUUGGAAUCGUCAAUUCAAGACGACGUGCAGCAAAUCGUUUUGUCGGCCAAUCUAGAAGACCACCCCAUGGGGCGGUCGAAGGAGCGAUGGGAUCAAAAUCAUAUCACUGGCCCCCUCGGGUGGAUGCACACGGAAUCGUCUUCAAGCAUGGUUCUAGCCGUGGGUGUCAUGGCAGGGUUUAUCACCAUUAGCAUGCAUCGCGAAAUGUAUGAUACAACCGGUUCCAAUUCCCCUGACCUACAGGUCCGCGAAUGGCCGAUUGUUGAACCCGAAAAUGAAGACACCCCAAAUCGCAAGGGAAGGCACCUGGAGCCUAUCUACGGAAUGCUCCCGGCAACUAACCAACAAGGUCGCACAUGCAAACUCCACUUAGGCACACUUGGUGGAGUUGGCUUGACCACAGAGUUGUCCCAAAUCGAAGCGGGCAAGACUCCGCAACAGCCGCAGUGGAAACGCAUGGUUGAGGACAUACAGGAACAAUAUGACUUGGAUCAUGAUCUUGGGGGAACAUCAGUAUCGAGAAUUUGGGGAUUGGCCACUUAUCGGGGUAUCACGGCAGCGAUUUCCACCUUCCACCCAACGGAUAUGAUCGAAUACCGAGUAUCCAGUGAUGACGUGUCUACCCUUGUCUUUUCAGAGGAGUUUGGGCGUAUACCAGACACUCGAGCUGUGUUCACGCCGUGGAUGGCUAAUGGACAACCCCCUGACCACAACCGAAUUGGAGAAGUGAUGCAUUUCGUUCUCCCUGGUGCCGAUGGGGACGUUGAUCCGGAUGAGGAAGGCCAGCGACUUAUCUAUGUUGUUGCCUGUCGAGCAAUAGUGGGAGAAAGUGACCAAGCGAUUCGAACCCUUACUCAACGUUCUCUGGAGCGUUUGGCCAUAGUGACGGGAGCAGAUUUGACUGAUGAGAUUUCAAAAUGCGGCAGCCCCCCUUCAUUAUUAGAUGCAAAGUCUGCAGAUCAAAUCACCGGCCCUGGAGGAUACAUAUAUGAGAGAUGCGAGGUUUGCGAUGCAGGAAUCGGGUGGUCCUCGACCCAGCAGGCCCGUUGUGCCAAUGGUCAUCUCUGGCUUCGAUGUGGGGUGUCUUUCCUUGCAAUUCAAGAGCCUGGAAUCUCCAAGUAUUGCUCCUUCUGUCGAACGGAAGCCCUUGACGAGGAGUAUGUCGCCGCGGCACUUGGCCACGAAAUGAGCAAAACAGCCAGAGGCCUCUUCGAGACCUUUGAUGCCUGUCUACAUUGCGCGGGUAAAUUUCAAGCAAUUUACUAG